CAGCUGACAGAGCCAUCAUAAAGGCACCAACACCCCAGCGGUCUGCAUUGCGGUGCUCACACUCCUCCAGUCGAGCGUUCCCGGCUACAGCACAAACAAACCGACCGGAGAAACAGCGCAGUCAUGCUGCUCCUAACGCUACUUUUCGUGUCUUCAGCUGUGGCAACUCCUCUGCUGGGCACUGAGCAGUGUGCUCGUGGCCCCCCCUACUGGUGUAAAAAUGUGAAAACGGCAUCUCUGUGUGGAGCUGUGACUCACUGCCAGCAGAACGUGUGGAGCAAGCCCGAAAUGAAAUCUGUGCCAUGUGAUCUGUGUAAAGAGGUUCUAACUGUGGUUGGGCAAAUACUGAAGGAGAAUGCAACUGAGGCUGAGAUCCUUGGGUACUUGGAGAAGGCCUGCCAGCUCCUUCCUGAUCAAGGUUUGAGUGCAGAGUGCAAAGAGAUUGUGGAUGACUACUACCCCAUCCUCAUCGGAAUCAUCAAGGGAGAACUGGAGAAUCCUGCUGUGGUGUGUGGAGCUAUGGGACUCUGUCAGUCUCAGCAGGCGGCCCUGGCUAAGGUUCAGAAGCAGCUCUUGUCCAAUGAAAUACCUCAAGUUGACCUUUCCCAGCAAGCACUUCCCUUCCUCCUCAAUGUGCCUGGGCUCCUUUAUCCUCAGGAGAGCCCUGAGCAGGAGGCCCCCAAGCAAGAGUCUCCAAAGCAGGACAGUGAUACCGUAUGCCAGGACUGCAUCAAGCUGCUGACUGAUGCUCAAGCAGAAGCCAAAGCCAACUCUUCAUUUAUCGACUCUCUCAUUGAGAAUAUCGAGAAGCAGUGCGACCUGUUGGGGCCAGGCUUGGCUGCCCAGUGUAAGCAGUAUGUUAGCCAAUAUGGUACCCUUGUUGUGCAGCAGCUCAUGUCCAUGGAACAGCAACCCAAAGAAAUCUGUACCUUUGUUGGCUUCUGUACUGAGACGAUGAAGGCCAUUCCCAUGCUGACACUUCAGGCUGCCAAGACUGUGUCCACUUCUAAAGUUUUCCCUGCUGCCAAGCUUUUCCCUGCCACCAAGGUGGACAGUGCUACUGAAAAGUCCAAGCCCAUGGUUCGUGUCCGUGAUUCCCCAACGUGUGCCAUCUGUGAGUUUGUGAUGAAACAGUUGGACAGUAUGCUGGAGGAUCAUGCUACAGAGGAGGAGAUUAUUCAAUCUGUGGAGAAGGUGUGCUCCAUCCUGCCUUCCUCUUUGAGUGCCCAGUGCAAGGAUCUGAUUGAGACAUAUGGUCAGGCUAUCAUUGAUCUGCUGGUGCAGCAGGCUGACCCCAAAACAGUCUGCACAGUGUUGGGACUUUGCAAUGGUCAAGAUCGUGCAUAUGUUGUUGCCCUCGACAAGCCCCACUUUAAGGCUGGCGGCUACUGUGAGGUGUGUAAAAUGGCCGUCAACUACAUCGAUGGUAUCCUGGAGAAGAACGCUACAGAGGCUGAGAUUGAGGAGGCUGUGAGAAAAGUGUGCAACUUCCUGCCUGACUCUUACAAGACACAGUGUGACCAGCUGGUUGAACAGUAUGAGCCAAUUCUCAUCCAGCUGCUGCUCGAGAUGCUCGACCCAGACUUUGUGUGCAUGAAAUUGGGAGCCUGCCCUGAAGCAGGACGCAGACUGCUGGGAACAGAGCAGUGCAGCUGGGGACCUGCAUUCUGGUGCAAGAACAUGGAGACGGCGAAACAGUGCAACGCUGUGGCUCACUGCCAGCGUCAUGUGUGGGUAUAGAGGAGGACCCUCACAAACUGACCUGUAGGGAAUUUGACAAAAAUAUUCGUGCUGCUUCCCACUGUUAAUUUUCAUGUUUAAAUUAACUUUGAUAUUCUGAAUGAUGUUAUGGUGGAAAGGGACUGGUGUUUGCUUUUUUUUUUUUUUUUUUGCUCCUGCAACCCCCCUUUAAGUGGGGAAGGGAAGAGUGAUGUCCCACAACUGCUUCACUGUCAGGCUUUUUCAUGUUUGCAUCAUUUGAGUUGAACUUGCCGAUUCUUCUUCCUGGGAGCGAAAGAACCAAAAAAGGUUUUAACUUCUUAUUUUGGAUGUUGGCUAUAACUGGCUUUUUUUUUUUUUUUUUUCUCCUCUAAUGGGUCUGUAGACCAACCAAAAGCUAGAUUUGCUUUCUUCUCAGUGGUGGUACUCUUUGCAAACACAGAUUCAGUGUAUUAAUGACCUGCAUUACUUUGUAGCAGUGUGUCUGUAAAUGUGAAACAGUGAAUCUGUCUGAAAUGUUUCUAUUUUGUAGAGAAUUUUUUAUUAGCUGACACUGGAAGUUAGUGUAAUUUGAGUUCAUUUUCAACUGUUUGUAAACUGGUGUGCUUCUAAUGAAGAAAAACCAUCUCUGAUUUAAUGUCUGCUUGAAACCUUGGGCCAAUUGUCUAAACUUUUUAACAAUUAAACUUAUUCCCAAUCUA